AUGUCGUCGAACAAGCGUCAUCACAAAGAGAAGAUAGCUCGUCGGAUAAAUAAAGAGGAGAAGGUGGAAGAGCAUGAUCUGCCGAAAUACAGAGACCGAGCAAAAGAGAGGAGAGAGGAUCAGAAUCCGGAUUAUGAAAUUUCUGAAUUGACAUCUUUCCACGCUGUUGCUCCACCGGGAACUGUGGAUCUUGGGUCCGCUGAUGCUCACAAGCUAUCUAUAGAGAAGAGUAAAUAUCUUGGAGGUGAUGUGGAACACACACAUCUGGUGAAAGGGUUGGAUUACGCUUUACUUAACAAAGUGCGAAGUGAAAUUGAUAAAAAGCCUGAUAUUGGAGAAGAAUCUAAUUGGGAAGCUACAAAAUCCAAAGAAGAUCAACCGUUGUCAUUCCGCACCGCAACAGCAAAGUCAGUUUAUCAGUGGAUUGUUAAGCCCCAAACUGUUAUCAAGACCAAUGAAAUGUUCCUUCCUGGACGAAUGGCUUUCAUUUACAACAUGGAAAGUGGGUUUUCUCAUGAUAUUCCAACCACGGUGCACCGAAGUAAAGCUGAUUGUCCUGUUCCCGAGGAAAUGGUUACGGUUAGCGUCGAUGGUUCUGUUUUAGAUCGAAUUGCUAAGAUUAUGUCAUAUCUUCGUCUUGGAUCAUCAGGGAAAGUUCUGAAGAAGAAGAAGAAAGAAAAGGAUGGAAAAGGAAAGCUAUCAAUUGCCUCUAAUGGGUUCGAUGAAGAUAAGAGGGUGUUGAGGUCUGAUAUGCUGAAGAAUCAGAAUGUGGGAGAAACCCUACCACCACCUCCACCACCUCUCAAAAAGAAUUAUCCUGAUUCAAAAGAGAAACCCGGACCAACUGCUGUAAGGAAAGAAGAGGAAGAUAUAUUUGUGGGGGAUGGUAUUGACUAUUCUAUUCCCAGUAAGGAUAUGAGCCAAAGCCCAAUUUCAGAGGAUAUGGAAGAAUCUCCCCACAAUAAAGAGAGGACUUCCUAUAUCAGUGAACUUACCUACGGCCCAGUUCCUCCCACAGAGCCAUCUCAUGAUUGGCAACAAAUGAACGGAUAUGAUGCUUUGCAAGCACAAGCACUGGCUGGUGGUUAUCAGGGAGAGUGGCAGGACUACCAAUAUGCUGAACAACUUUCUUACCCGGAGCAAUAUCUACAGCAAGACAUUCAGGCAUAUGAUAUGCACACCGGUUUAAACGUUCUGCAGGACCCACACUUCAUGACUCAAGAAGAGAAGGACAGGGGCUUAGGGUCAGUGUUCAAGAGGGAUGAUCACAGGCUUCAGCAAUUAAGGGAGAAAGACUCUAGGGAAAAGGAUCCCAAUUUCGUAUCUGAGAGUUACUCUGAAUGCUAUCCUGGUUACCAAGAAUAUAAUCGGGAGAUUGUUGACAGUGACGAUGAAGCUGAUUUGACAAAAAUGGAUAUGGGCGGACGAGCCAAGGGACGCCUCCAUCGGUGGGACUUUGAGACGGAAGAGGAGUGGGCAAAAUACAACGAGCAAAAGGAAGCGAUGCCAAAAGCUGCAUUCCAGUUUGGCGUAAAGAUGCAAGAUGGCCGCAAGACUCGAAAACAGAACAGAGAACAGAAACUUUCUAAUGAUCUUCACAAGAUUAACCAAAUACUGGCCAAAAAGAAGGAGAAGGGUGACAAAUUUGAUGAUAGCAGAAUGUAUGAUGAAGAGUCACAUCCUGGAAAGAAACUACGAGUCUGA